AUGUUCGCGACCAGAGUCCUCCGCCAGGCUGCCGCCCACGCCGAGCGCACCCCCAGCAUCCGCUUCCUCGGCCGCCGCACCAUUCCCUCCUCAGUCGACCACACCCCCGCCCCUCACCCGGCCUCGCCCACCGGUACCCUUCCCCCCAACUUCGGCAACGGCUCCGCCCCGGCCAGACACACCUCCUUCAGCUCCUACCGCGACCACGCCCAGCAGCACGGCCCCCUCCAGCGCUCCAUCCGCAACGGCGAGACCGGCAUCGGUGGCACCUCCGGCCACGAGAUGGGCUCCGUCAUGCCCGCCUCCGGCAUCUUCUUCGACCGCUCCGAGCUCCCCGCCCGCUUCCGCCGCCAGCCCCUCGACAUGGCCGAGAUCGAGGCCGUCGAGUCCGGCGGCGCUGCCCUCUUUGACCUCCCAGACCUCAUCCUCCUAACGCAGCCCGCACAGCCGCCUCCCGCCAGAAUGGCAGACCCAAAGGACGCCGAGACGUGUCCCGUCGACCACAAGGCCCGCGAAGCCUGGCUCCAACACGCCCGCGCCGCGGCCCCGAACGACGCCGCCACCCCUCCCGCCCCGCCGCAUCCGAUCCCGAGCCAGACCCCGCCGCCGUCGCAGUCGUGGACGCAGUCCCUCCUCUCCUACACGCCCUUCUCCGGCACAUCAUCACCAACGACGGCGGCGGGAGCAGGCGCAGACGCGUGCCCCGUGGACCAUAAAUCCCGCGAAGCCUGGCUCCAACAAGCCCGCGCCGCCAACGCCGCCGCCGCACCCCACCCCCACGAACCACCACACGCCCUCCCUUCCCAAGCGCAACAGCCCUCGCCCUCGACGACAUCCUGGACGCAAACACUUCGCUCCUACGUCCCCUUCACCUCUUCGCCAUCCCUCCCUCCCGCUCAACCAUCACCGACAGGGAAAUCUCCCCUGGACACCUACCGCGAAGUCUCCACGAUCCCGCGCACCUCGACCUCGAGCUAUCCCUACGACGCCCCCACCCCCGCUUCCGCAGCGCCGACGACGUUACAAAGCAGCCACGGCGCACCGUCAAACAACGAGCAGGAGACAGGCGCGGACGCCGCGACGGGGAACUGGGUGUACCCCUCGGAAAAGAUGUUCUUCGAGGCCAUGAAGCGCAAGGGGCACGACACGCGCGCCGCAGACAUGCGCACCGUCGUGCCGAUCCACAACGCCGUCAACGAGCGGGCGUGGAAGGAGAUUAAAGAGUGGGAGGCGCCGUAUACGCAGGGGACCGCCUGCGACGGCCCGCGCCUGCACUCCUUCGCCGGCCUCAGCACAAACAUGUCCCCCAAGGCGCGGCUCAACACGCUGCUGGGCUACCAGGCGCCGUUCGACCGGCACGACUGGGUGAUUGACCGGUGCGGCGUGCAGGUGGAUUAUGUGAUUGACUUUUAUGCGGGGCGGCCUGACGCGCAGGGCAAGCCGAGCUUUUACCUGGACGUACGGCCGAAGCUGAAUAGCUGGGAGGGUGUGAAGAUGAGGGCGCUGAGGGGGGCGGGUUUGGCGUAG